AUGGAGGCCACUACCUCUAGCCACUCCUUGAAGAUAUACGCUGUCUGUAUAAUCCUGGCAGUAUUUAUUCUCCGUCUGCUGUCAAAUCGAUACAAACGCGGACUUCACGAUAUUUCAGGUCCAGCACUUGCAAAAUAUACACGGUUAUGGAAAUUGUACAAUGUAUGGAAGGGUGACCAUCACAACACCGCCAUCGAUUUGCACCGGAAGCAUGGAUCCCUGGUUCGUAUCGGCCCAAAGCAUGUGUCUGUUGGCGACCCGAGUGCUAUUCCAAUUAUCUAUGGCCUAAACAAAGGAUUCACCAAGACGGCUUUCUAUCCUAUCCAAUGUAUAUCAUGGAACAAAAAACCCCAGAUGAAUCUCUUCUCCACUCGCGACGAGAAAUUCCACCGUGAUCAAAAGCGACCAGUGGCCAACGCCUACAGCAUGACUUCACUCCUCGACCUCGAACCAGCGGUUGACUCAUGCACUAAGAUUUUGAUUUCUCAGUUGGGCAACUCCGCUGAUCGAAAAAGCCCUGUCGACUUGGGAACCUGGUUGCAAUAUUACGCUUUUGACGUAGUGGGCGAGUUUACGUUCGCAAAAAAGCUGGGUUUUCUGGAAGAAGGGCGAGACAUUGAUGGGAUGAUGAAGGCCAUUCAGGGCAUGCUAGCCUAUGCCAGCUUGUGCGGCCAAGUCCCCGAAAUGCAUUCUCUGCUUCUUGGAAAUCCCCUGUUCCCGAUCUUCAUGCCGAGCAUGGAGACUUGGAAUCAGGUUCUUCAAUUCACACUGAAAGCGGUAAACUCCUGCGCGACUUUGCGGCGUGACGGCGAUCUCGAUGAGAGCGACAAAGAGGGCGGCAAGGACAUGCUGUCCCGGUGGACGGAAAUUCACCGUUCAGAUCCUGAAAAGCUUUCCACAAGAGAUGUUAUUGUGCAUCUUUCGACAAAUGUAUUCGCUGGUUCCGAUACAACGGCCAUUGCUCUCCGGGCUGUCCUAUAUCUUCUCAUGCGCCAUGAGGUGGCCAUGGCCAAAGUCCAGGCCGAGAUUGACAGCGCAGCCUACAAUAAAAAACUCAGCGACCCCUUAUCGUAUCGAGAGUCCGUCACGCACCUUCCCUACCUUGGUGCGGUCCUCAAGGAGGCUAUGAGACUACACCCUUCCGUCGGAUUGAUCCUCGAGCGUGAAGUCCCCAAAGGAGGAGUCUCCAUUUGCGGGAAGCACAUCCCGGGUGGGACGAUAGUUGGCAUCAAUGCAUGGGUUUUGCAUCGAAAUAGUCAAAUAUUUCCUGAUCCAGAUUCAUUCAUACCCGAGCGCUGGCUCGAAAGUCCCCCUGAAAAACUCAAGGAGAUGGAACAGAGCUUUUUCACGUUCGGGUCCGGGUCGCGAACCUGCAUCGGAAAGAACAUCUCCCUCAUGGAGAUGCAUAAAAUAAUACCGCAGCUUCUGCGCGAAUUCGAGAUUCGACUUCACUGCCCGGAGAAAGAGUGGAGGACCUUGAAUGCAUGGUUCGUUCAGCAAGAAGGGUUGAUCUGUGACCUUGUGCGGAGGAACAAGGACAUUUCGUGA